AUGAGCCAUGACACCAUCUCACCGUCAUCGUCGUCAUCUUCUGUGAAGCAUUUGGUGAUCCCCGGUCAAAUUUUAGCAGUUUCAAGUCUGUCGGAUCCAAACGGACAAGAUUCGUUUUUACGAGGGCACGGAACGUACGUGGAAAAGACGGAGACGGAAGAUCGGCUGGUCGCUUCUGUUCUCGGCAUCGUCCAGCGCGUGAACAAACUUGUAAGUGUGGAGAGCGUAUCCGACGGUGUCUACGUUGGACAAGUCGGCGACUUGGUGGUGGGUCGGAUUACUUCCGUCACAUCGCAACGAUGGAAGGUACGAUUGAUUCCCCACGCCCGGGAUGCGGCACUUCCAUUAAGCGGCGUUCACUUGCCUGGAGGUGUCCAACGGAUGCGGACCGCGCAAGAUUCGCGAGAUAUGAGAUCGUACCUUCAAGAAGGUGAUCUCGUUUCUGCGGAAGUACAUAAGACUCAGCAAGAUGGCUCGCUGCUGCUACACACACGAUCUGUUCGUUACGGUAAACUCGAAAACGGAUGCAUCGUAACCGUACCGCCCAAACUGAUACCUAGACGAAAGAAUCACUUUACCACAAUUUUGAAUCAACAGUUUCAAGUGUUGUGGGGAUGCAACGGUGUGAUUUGGAUGCAGCGAGCCAUGCCAGACUUGGAAGCCACCGGUGGGCCGGAACUGGUCGAAUUACAGGAGCGUCGAAGAGUGGAACAUGCUUCCAUGCCACUUUCUCCGGAGGAACGGAGGAAUCUCGCACGAUUGCGAAAUGCUAUUGAAUGUCUCCGAUUGGUCUUUUGUCGCGUCACACAAGAAGCGGUCGAGCAAGUGUACGAAACUAGUCUAGCAUUGAACCUGAAUGUAUCCCAAAUGUUGGUUCCGGUCAAUGUGAUUCGGUUGACAGAGCCCUCUCGCAAAGCGGAAGGCUAA